CUCUGUAGUAAAGAGUUAAGAAGAGUUUUAAAAGUUUUCACUGAAUCUUUGGAAUUACCCAGGUUUUACAAUGCCCGCCCCCAAACCAUUAUCAAACCAGCGCGUAUAUAUGCAGCUGGCUGCUGUAGUUCAGCUGAGACCAACUACACAGGACAGCUCCAACCCAGAGCUUGACUGCCCCCCUGCCAACAUGAAAGAGUUCAAGAGCAAAGAAUUCUGGAGGGCUGUUCUGGCCGAACUGGUCGGCAUGACCCUCUUCAUUUUCCUCAGUCUGGCAUCGGCCAUCGGAAACACAAACAACAGCAACCCUGACCAGGAGGUCAAGGUGUCACUGGCCUUCGGACUGGCCAUCGCCACACUGGCCCAGAGUUUAGGCCACAUCAGUGGAGCCCACCUGAAUCCUGCAGUCACCCUGGGGAUGCUCGCAAGCUGUCAAAUCAGCGUCUUCAAGGCCGUCAUGUACAUGAUUGCCCAAAUGCUGGGUUCAGCCCUGGCCAGUGGCAUUAUGUACGGAGCACGUCCCAGUACCACAGACGCACUGGGACUGAACGCUCUCAACGGUGUUACUCCCAGCCAAGGCGUGGGCAUAGAGCUGCUGGCUACGUUCCAGCUCGUGCUGUGUGUCAUUGCAGUUACUGAUAAAAGACGGCGUGAUGUCACUGGCUCUGCACCCCUAGCCAUUGGCCUCUCGGUCACUCUGGGACACUUGGCAGCUAUCAGCUACACAGGCUGUGGCAUCAAUCCUGCUCGAUCCUUUGGCCCAGCUUUGAUCCUGAACAAUUUUGAAAACCACUGGGUUUACUGGGUUGGCCCAAUGUGUGGUGGUGUAGCAGCAGCUCUCAUCUACGACUUCAUGCUUUCUCCCAAAUUUGAGGAUUUCCCUGAUCGUAUGAAAGUACUGGUCAGCGGUCCAGCGGGUGACUAUGACGUUAACGGCGGCAACGACGUCGGAAAUGUGGAGAUGGGAACAAAAUAGCGAUGAGCGGUUGCUUUAUACGUGCCUUCACUCCUGUUUAUAGGCUGUCAUCUUUAGUGGUUAGGAUCCGACUGGGGUUUUUGUGCUUUAUUUUUUUAUAGUACUAUGGUCAACGCUCCACCAGUGUCUCGUUACACUUCUGUUUGAGUGCACACGCAAUUGUUUUACACUAAAACAUGAAAGCUGAGGUUUCUUCUUUUUUUAUAAAUUAGACAAAAAUAUCCUCCAACAUUCUACUUUGCAAUUUAUGAAAAACAGACCUCUGUGUAAAGGUGAAAAAAUAGUGGGAUGGUUAGGUGUCGAACUUAUUUCAGUAUCAGUAUUCCUAUGUGGAGCCAUUUUUUGUAUACAAAUUUCUAUAUGUUUGUAUCAAGUUUUUGCGUAUGAUGAAUUAUGUAUUGUAUGAACACUUUUCAAUGGUCUCUCACUUUUUUAUAUAAAUAAAACACAUAUUAUUAAUAG